GAAAAAGGAGCUGAGGGUCCUGUAGAUGGAGUCCGAUGAUGAAUUCAAUCAGUUUGUGAUGAAUGAAGUGGUUGAUCCCUCAUCUUCGGAUGAUGAGGAUGAUCCUUUUUUUGGUGCCACACAAAUGAUCAUUGAGGAUUCGGCAAAUAAUCCGGGUCGAAUUGGAUCGGUUGAGGGACAUGAUGUACUGGAUCGUGAAAGACUUUUAUACCAUGCUCUUCUUUACAAAGACUAUUUCUCAGAUAAUCCUACGUUCAAAGCAAAGACUUUCAGACGGAGGUUUCGGAUGAGGCGGCAUGUAUUUCUUCGCAUAAUGAAGGCUGUUGAGGAACAUGACGACUAUUUCGUGCAGAAGAGGAAUGCAGCUGGUGUGCUAGGACUAUCUUGUCUACAGAAGGUCGUUGCGGCUUUUCGUAUGUUAGCUUAUGGAGUUCCGGCUAAUGCUUUGGAUGAGUACAUUCGUAUUGGUGAGAGCACCGCUCUAGAAGCUUUGAGAAAGUUUGUAGUAGCUGUUGUUGAGGUCUUUGGACCAGAGUACAUGAGGAGGCCUAACGCACAAGAUACAACUAGGUUACUUGCAAUUGGAGCGAGCAGAGGAUUUCCUGGUAUGCUUGGGUCCAUAGAUUGUAUGCAUUGGAGCUGGAAAAACUGUCUGGCUGCAUGGCACGAGAUGUACAGGGGCUACAAAAAGGAGCCUACAAUUAUAUUGGAAGCAGUUGCAUCUGUAGAUUUAUGGAUAUGGCAUGCCAGGGUCGCACAAUGAUAUUAAUGUGCUGCAAAGAUCGAAUAUAUUUGCAAGGCUUGUUGAGGGGGAAGGUCCACAAGUUAAUUUUAAGAUCAAUGGUCAUGAAUAUACGAUGGGUUAUUAUCUAGCAGAUGGGAUAUAUCCGUCGUGGGCAACUUUUGUGAAGACCAUUCCAGAGCCACAAGGUAAUAAGAAAAAAUACUUUGCAAAGGCACAAGAAGCUUGUCGAAAGGAUGUUGAGAGGGCAUUUGGGGUUCUCCAAUCUCGCUUUGCUAUUGUUCGUGGUCCAGCUCAUUUGUGGGAUGAAGUGACGCUCCAUAAUAUUAUGAUGGCUUGCAUCAUAAUGCAUAACAUUAUUGUUGAAGACGAGCGUGAUAACUAUGAUUACAACUUCGACGACAAGGGCCAAUAUGUAUGCAACUACGAAGAUAUGGGAGAAAGGGUGACAGUUUCCCAUGAUGCUGCACCUGAACUUGAUGCUUUCAUUCAGAAUUACAAAAAUAUCAAGAGCAAGGAAACCCACACUCAGCUUCAAGCGGACCUGAUCGAGCACUUGUGGCAAAACCAUGAAAAUUUGUACUCCAUUGAAUAAAUAUUGGAGACCAUGAUAAAUAUGUUUAAGCAUUCAGAGUUUAUUUUGCAUCUAGCAACAUAAAUAUAUCUGUAGAUUUAGGUAAUGUGUUCUGAUGGUGCUUCGAUGUAUUACUGCUCAUGCAUUUUGUGUGCUAGAUAUUGCAAACAAAUACUCGAGG